CCUGGGAGCCGCCGCUUCGUCUGUGUUGGUGUCCCAAUUAAUGGAUUCUGACAUGGAUUAUGAGAGGCCAAACGUAGAAACUAUCAAGUGUGUUGUGGUCGGGGACAACGCGGUGGGCAAGACCCGGCUCAUCUGUGCCCGUGCCUGCAACGCCACGCUGACCCAGUACCAGCUCCUCGCCACCCACGUGCCCACGGUGUGGGCCAUCGACCAGUACCGCGUCUGCCAGGAGGUGCUGGAGCGCUCCCGGGAUGUGGUAGACGAUGUUAGCGUGUCCUUGCGGCUCUGGGACACCUUUGGUGACCACCACAAAGACAGGCGCUUUGCCUAUGGCAGGUCCGACGUUGUAGUUUUGUGCUUCUCCAUCGCUAACCCCAACUCCCUGCACCAUGUGAAGACCAUGUGGUACCCAGAGAUCAAGCACUUCUGUCCCCGCGCGCCUGUCAUCCUGGUGGGCUGCCAGCUCGACCUGCGAUACGCCGACCUGGAGGCCGUCAAUCGGGCACGGCGCCCCUUGGCCAGGCCAAUCAAACCUAACGAGAUCCUUCCCCCAGAGAAGGGGAGGGAGGUAGCCAAGGAGCUGGGGAUCCCCUAUUACGAGACGAGCGUGGUGGCCCAGUUUGGCAUCAAGGACGUCUUUGACAAUGCCAUCCGUGCCGCCCUCAUCUCCCGCCGUCACCUGCAGUUCUGGAAGUCCCACCUCCGCAACGUGCAGCGACCCCUGCUCCAAGCACCCUUCCUGCCCCCCAAGCCCCCUCCACCCAUCAUCAUCGUCCCGGACCCCCCUUCCAACAACGAGGAGCGCCCAGCCCACCUCUUGGAGGACCCCCUGUGUGCGGACGUCAUCCUGGUGCUGCAAGAGAAGAUCAAAAUCUACGCACACAAGAUCUACCUCUCCACUUCCUCCUCCAAAUUUUACGACCUGUUCCUCAUGGACCUGAGUGAGGAGGACCAGCAGAGCGCCGGGGGGCACGGCUUUGGGGUGGCCGUCACCGCGGCCGCCGAGCGGAUGCUGCACCAAGAGGAGAGGCACCACGGGCGGGAUUUCCUCCUCCGAGCUGCUAGCUUUGAUAUUUGCGAGAGCACCGAGGAGGCCGGAUCCGGCCAGCGAAAACCGUGCCUUAGAGCCUCCACCAGUGAUGGGAUCCUGCGGGGCAACCGCUACGAGAAUGGGGAGCGUGGGCUGCGGCGGGGAAGGGACCUCUCCUCUUGGAGCCGGGCUUUCACCAGCAUCCAGGAGGAGAUGGCAGAAGACCCGCUGACCUACAAGUCCAAGCUCAUGGUGGUGGUGAAGAUGGAUGCUUCCAUCCAGCCGGGUCCUUUCCGGGCCGUGCUGAAGUACCUGUACACAGGGGAGCUGGAUGAGAACGAGCGGGACCUCAUGCACAUUGCUCACAUCGCUGAGCUGCUGGAGGUGUUCGACCUCCGGAUGAUGGUGGCCAACAUCCUCAACAACGAGGCGUUCAUGAACCAGGAGAUCACCAAAGCCUUCCACGUCCGGAGGACCAACCGGGUGAAGGAAUGCCUGGCCAAGGGGACUUUCUCGGAUGUCACCUUCGUGCUGGAUGACGGUGCUAUCAGUGCCCACAAGCCCCUGCUCAUCUCCAGCUGCGACUGGAUGGCCGCGAUGUUCGGUGGCCCCUUCGUGGAGAGCUCCACCAACGAGGUGGCACUUCCUUACACCAGCAAGAGCUGCAUGCGGGCGGUGCUGGAGUACCUCUACACCGGGCAGUUCAGCUCCAGCCCCGACCUUGACGACAUGAAGCUCAUCAUCCUCGCCAACCGCCUCUGCCUGCCGCAUCUGGUGGCUCUCACUGAGCAGUACACCGUCACCGGUCUGAUGGAGGCGGCACAGAUGAUGGUGGACAUCGAUGGGGAUGUGCUGGUGUUCCUGGAGCUGGCUCAGUUCCACUGCGCCUACCAGCUCGCUGACUGGUGCCUCCAUCACAUCUGCACCAACUACAACAACGUCUGCCGCAAGUUCCCCCGGGACAUGAAGGCCAUGUCGGGAGAGAACCAGGAGUACUUCGAGAAGCAUCGCUGGCCGCCGGUGUGGUACCUGAAGGAGGAGGAUCACUACCAGCGGGCGAAGAAGGAGCGGGAGAAGGAAGACUACCUCCACCUCAAACGGCAGCCCAAGAGGCGAUGGCUCUUCUGGAAUGCCUCCUCCUCCCCUUCCUCCUCUCCUUCAUCGUCGGCAGCCACAGCCUCCUCUUCCUCCUCCUCUUCCUCCUCGGCUGUGGUUUGAAAGCCCGUCCUUGCCCUGGCUCCAGCAUCCCUGGGAGGAGAAGGGGAGGAGGAGGAGGAGGAGG